GUCCCUGCGUCCUAUCGAGGACGGUGGGAUUCUAGUGCCUGCUUGCCGACUCAGUCGCCCGCUCCAACGUUUCUCAGUGGCGCACCAGUAUCAAUUAUGGAAUCUGACUCGAUACCGCCCAAACUAAAUUCGUCCUGCGUGCAGUGUCGGAAGUCAAAGGUCAAAUGCACGGGAGGGAAUCCAUGCAGACGCUGUGAAUCGUCACUCGAUCCUUCAGCAUGCACCUACAACGCGUCACGCAGGCGCGGUAAGCGUAAAGCUGAUGACAGCAACAUAGAGUGGCACGUGCAACAGGCGGGCGUCUCGAGUCAGAAUAUAUUGCGUGACGGUGGAAUCAACCUCACUGAGCCAUUGCAAUUGAGUCUCGUGGAGAAGAAUGGAGAGGAUGGAAAUAUCUGGAGUGGAGCUGAUGAGUCUGGACACGCCGUUUCUGCCGCCUUCCCAGAUCCGUCCAUACCGCUGGAGUCUUACAAUAUUGCUCAUGCUGCGUCUCCCAGCUUGACCGAGAUCCUAAAUUCCUUGGGACCGUCUGGCUUACCGCCAGGACCUUUUCUUGGGGAUAUUGGCAUCUGCUCAGAGUCAUGUUUUAUAUCCGUCCAUUCUGUCACCAAUCAACUUUCGUCUAUAAGAAAGUCGAAGGGCGCCGUGCGGCUAGAUAAGAUCUUUUGUCUUAUAACCGACUCUAUACAUCAAGCAGCAAAGUAUCUCGCGUGUGAACAUUGCGAUUCAGGCUGUUCUCGCCUCAUGACACUAUCAUUUCUGCAUCAGUGGCAGAUAAACAUUCUCUUGGAUGUCACGAACAAUCCUACAAUAUAUUUCACAAACGAGACUCCUGAAUUGAAAUUUGGCGAGUAUAGGGCUUCUGCGGAGGACGAUAUAGCUUUCAAACGGAUGGUAUCUCUGAGACUCACCCGCGAUAUCAAGCUUUCCUUAGAUCGUUUCCACCACGGAGCUAAGGAUUUCGAGGAGCGGUACAUUGCAGGGACUUUAGAGCUAGGAGAAGCUGGCAAACUCAAUCUGGAGUGGCUAUUAAAGGUAGCUGUCAGCUUGAAAAGGCAAGCCGAGUUUAUUGCAAUCGCUGAAGAAAAACGAGACUAG